CAUCAAGUGAGCUUUCUCCAUCCAAGGCAAUCCUAGAACAUCCUCCUAAGUAUUUCGUUUUUGUUCCGGAAAUAAUGGCCCUAACGCUCGAUGCCGAAGUUGAGGUGAAGUCUCCUGCAGACAAAUUCUGGGUCGACUUGAGGGAGUCCACCACUCUGUUCCCGAAGAUCUUCCCCGACCAGUACAAGAGCAUAAAUGUGCUCGAGGGAGACGGGAAGUCCCCUGGCUCGGUUCGGAUCUUCCACUACGGUGAAGGUUCUCCGCUGGUCAAAGUAUCGAAGGAGAAGAUCGAAGAGGUGGACGAGGCAAACAAGUUUGUGAUGUAUAGUGUGAUCGAUGGAGACCUGCUCAAGUAUUACAAGAACUUCAAGGGCACGAUCAAGGUGGUCCCAAAGGAAGAAGGGAGCUUGGUGAAGUGGAACUGUGUCUUCGAGAAAACGAGCCCGGAGGUCCCCGACCCCCACGUCAUCAAAGACUUUGCCAUCAAGAACUUUGUUGAGCUCGAUGAAUUUAUCCGCAAAGAACAGCACUAGGGAGGCCUCUGAUCAAAGCCCUCCUCGAUCACUAUGGUGUUGCAGCUGUUGCCUUAAGGUAUUGAGGAAAAAUAAUGUGUAGAAUCGUUAGCUGUAUAGGUUUACGAGUCUGCACUGGUUUAUGAUGAUGUCGGGUUUAUGAUGAAUCUAAUCUGAUAUAUUUUGCUCUGUUAUUGGUA